CAUCACGAGUAGCGUCUGCGCGCUGCUUUCACUCGACAACAUGCUGCUGCGUUGACCGAACUCCAGUAAAAUGUCGGUGCCGGUGCCCCAUCCGCCUAACUUUAAUAUCGAUCAGGGCUAUGAGUACUAUGCGGGCAAACCUGAACUGCUCGAUUGGAUAAACAGGCUUCUGCAGCUCAACUUGCAGCGGCUAGAGCAGCUCACGUCCGGGGCUGUAUAUUGUCAAGUCCUGGAUGCUUUUCACGCACAUGUGGUCCCUAUUCGGAAAGUGAACUUCCAUGCACGCGAAGAGUAUGAGAUACUGCCAAACUACAAAGUGCUCCAAGCGGCGUUCAACGCCCUUGGCUUCACCAAGGAGCUGGCGGUCACGCGCCUCAGCCAGGCCUCGUCCUCGGACCUCAUGGAGUUCGCGCAGUGGCUGUACAAAAGCUACAGGGGUGCGGCUGGGCUGGCGGACUACAACCCGGUGGCGCGGCGGCAGAUGUCGCUGAAGGGCGGCACCAACAACAUCCCCUUUCCGGCAUGCCUCAACAGCACCUACUUCGAGUUUGGGCGCUCCGACCUGCGCUCAAGCGGCACGCACUGGACCACGCCAGCAGACUAUGUGAAGACGGCGCCGCGCACACGGUCCAGCACCAACACGCCCGGCACCGGCGGCCGGCCGAUGUCGGUCACCGGCACGCAGACGGCCAGCGCCACAAAACGCAGCGUGCCCAACCUGAACGUGGGCAGCCGCUUCCGGGAGGGGCUGGCGGUGCCGCCAGAGCACCAUCGGCGCCGCAGCCCGCGGCUCAGCCCGGUGUCGCCAGCGCUGAUCAUCAAGGUCCCCAUGCGGGACGGCGAGUCGCAGACGGACUUUGUGGAUGAGGAGUGGCGGCCCAUGACAGAGGAUGACGUGGGCACCGAGGCGGUGUCGCCCAAGCCGCCGCCCGCUCAGGCGGCCGACAGCGCCUCGCAGUAUGAUUACGGCUUCGGCUACGGCACCGCGGCAGGCGCGAUGAGCCCGUCUGGGGGCAGCGCGCUCAGCCCGUCCAGCAGCUACACGCCCGGCGGGGCAGCGGAGGACUUUACGUUCGGCCAGCACAGCCCCGGGACCAGCAUGGGCGGCGCCGGCCCCACGGCGAUGUCGCCGCGCAGCGGCCUGCCACCGGUGGCGGAGCCCGGGGGAGGCAUAGCAGAGGAUGUGGAGGAGGACGAGGAGAAUGCCAGCGUGAGUGCGCUGCGGGCGGCGCCCGGCGCAGGCCUCGGCCCCGGUGACGCGCUGCCGCAGGGCUUCGGCACCGCAGCUGCGCGCUCGCCAAGCGCGGCUGAGGCAUCGCCAAGUGCUGCAUCGCGCGGCUUUGGUAUGCACGACGCCUCUACUCAGGAUGAGCAGGCAGCGCAGUCGUCAACGGGAGGCUUUGGGUCACCGCGCAGCUUCGGCGUGGGCGAUGAUGCGGCUGUGCAGGCGGUCGCUGAUGUGUCGGAGCGGGGCGCUGGCGAGUUCGGUGUUGGCGACGAUUAUGCCGCCGGCACAGGAGGCUUCGGGUCGUCCGUCGCUGGUGCAUCAGCAGCAGCUGGGCCCGCCCUCAGCGCCGCGGAUGUGCAGCCGAAGCUCGAGGCGGAGGCCGACGAGUACGCGGAUGAGGAAUUUGAGGAGGAAGAGGUGGCGGAGGAUGUGGCGAAGCUGGGGGCCGCGGGCGGCUUCGCAGGCGCGUCGGGCGUUGCGGCGGCUGGGGCAGCAGCGGCGGAAGCAGCGGCGGUGACAACGGCUGCGGAGCAGCACGCGGCCGUGCGCGCCAUGGAGGCCGAGGGCCACAGCGGUGACUCUGGGGAAACAGACCACGGUGGCCGGGGCAGUGCCCGCGCAACGGCCGCCAACACAACCGCUGCGGGUCUUGCAACCGGCAUCGCGGCGCUUGACAUCGACCACGACGUUGCCGGCCGUAGCGAAGCAGGCGUGACAGACAUGGGCGAUGGGGACGGUCAACCCGGCGUGCCGGAGUCACCAGGCGCAACCACGCCGGGGCCGAGCGCAUCUGCGUCGCGAUCCACGCCACCACCGGCAGCCAGCUCCAUGGCAGGCCUGUCGCCGGAGGUUGCGCAGCUGCUGUCAUCACCAUCCAUGCGUUCGCGUGUUGCCUCUGCGGUCUCGGUGCGCAACAUGGGUUCAGCGCUGGACAUCUGUGCCGCAGCACUGCAGGCCGUGCAGCGCUCGCUGGAUUCCUACAGCACGCUCAUGGCGGAGCCGCAUGCAGCUCCUGCGGCUGCGGGCGGCAAGCGCACCAGCGGCCCAGGAAACGAGGCGGCAACCUCGACUGCGGUUGCUGGGGCAGGCACGUCGGACGGCACUCCCAGCGGCAAUGGUGCGGCAGCCGCGUGGUCGCCCACGCUGUGCGGCAAGGUGCGCAGCCUGCAGGACGCGCUGCAGACGCUUCUAGCGCACACCACCCUGUUGCUCGGGGACGUGCAAGUGUACAGCGAGUCCACCCAAUCGCCGGAAGCCAGGAGCAAUGGCGGCAGCGGUGAUGGGGCUACGUCACCAUCGUUGGCGCCGGCCCGCGACUACAAGGCGGAGGCGGCGCUGCUACUGGAGACGGCGCGGGCGCACGAGGCGCGGCUGCAGGGCCUGGUGCAGGCGGCAAGCGAGGCGCUGUCGCUCCCAAGCGGCGAAUCGAAAGCGGGACCAGGUGACGGAGCGGCUGACAAGGCGGAGAGCGGGCAGGCGCAGCACCACCACCUGACGGACGCGCAGCGCCGGCUGUGCAGCACCACCCAGCUGGACGCACACCUGAAGGCGGUGGGCAUGGCGCAGUUUGCGCUGGCGCAGGGCAUCCACAAGGAGCUUGCGCUCAUGACCAUGUCAUUCUUUCGGCACAACGCCGCCAUGGCUGCCUCCGAGAGCGGCACGCCCGGCGGCGCCGCGUCCGGCACCGCCGCCAGCCGCAAGGCGCGCGUGUUCAAGCUGGGCGAGUUCCAGCUUAAGCAACUGCGGAACGGCGACGUGUACAAGGGACGCUACGUGGGCAACAAGAAGAAUGGCGAGGGCGUGUACCACUUCAUCAACGCCGACGUGUACGAGGGGGAAUUCCGGGACGACCGCAUGGACGGCCACGGCGUGUACACCUUCAGCCACGAGGGUCGCUAUGAGGGCGCCUGGCGCAACGCGGUGUACAAUGGCACCGGUGCCGAGACUUUUGCCAAAGGCAGCACCUACCGCGGCGAGUACGUCGGGGGCCUGCGUAACGGCUGGGGCGUCUGCCGCUUCUACAACGGCGACUACUACGAGGGCCAGUGGGUCAAGGGCCUGCGCGACGGCUGCGGCAUGCAGCAGUGCACGGACGACAGCAAUUUCGUGGGCGAGUAUGCCAAGGGCAAGCGCCACGGCAACGGCGUGUACUCCUUCCCCAACGGCGACCGCUAUGAGGGCCAAUACAGCGAGGACUUGCCGCACGGCUUCGGCACCUACCACUUCGCCAGCGGCCAAUGCUAUCAGGGCCAGUGGCAGGCGGGCAAGAAGCACGGUUGGAGCGUGUACACCGUGGACAACGGGAGCCGCUUCAUGGGGCUGUGGUCGGAGGGCAAGCCCACCUGGGUGCAGCCGCUGGCGGGCGACAAGGCGGCCGGCGUCGCGGAGGGCGACGCCGCUGCGGGCUCGUCGGAGGAGGACGCCAAGCAGCUGAAGCAGGCGCUGGAGGCGCGCGAUAAGGCGGUGCAGGCGGCGGACCUAGCUCGCACGAGGGCGGCCAGCCACUGGGACCAAUCCGGCGGCAUCCAGUCCCACAUCCUGUCUGCGCUGAGCCGGGCGCAGAAUAGCGCGGGCGCGGCGCAGCAGGCGCGGCGCAAGGCAUGCGACCUGGCGUCGCGCCUAGAUGCGGCUGUGGCGCUCAUCCAGCAACAGCAGCAGCAGGGCAGUGGGGGCGUAACUGCCUCAUUGGCAGGGACGCCUGGGCCAUAAGAAGCUUUGUGGACUGGGUGCUGCUUGGCGGCGUCAGAAGGUGGUAUGCCGCAACCCCUGCUGACAGAGGUGGUGGAGGGUAGCGCUGCAAGGGGUGUCGGCAUGGUUGUCGAAAGAUGUGGUGACUUUCAAUGCCCUGUCAAGAUUGUCCGGCCACCGCGUGGGGGUCUGAAAUAAUGGGAGUCCGUCCGCUUCUCCGGGCUAAGUGCACUGGGCUUGUAACCAAUGCAAUCUAAGUGCACGCUCGGUAUGGAACUGGUGCUGACAUGGUGUUCUCGGAAAGACAUACUCGAAGUGCAUGGCCGAAAGAAUUGGAGGGGAGGGCAAGGGUUUGGGCAAGGGGCGGGAGUGCCCCUGCGCUGGGGCCGAGCAAAACCGCGUUGGCGGGAGCACGGACCCCAACCUGUAUACGGUACGCAUGUAUGUAUACUCAAAUCCGCCCA